GAUCUGCGUGUGCGUGUGUAUGCGUGUGUCAAGUCCGUCGUCGUCCAUUGUGUCAAAAGUUGUCCGAGUUUUUGCGUAGAAAUUUCAUUUUCCGACGCAAGAAUGUAAUUUGGCGUGCUAAUUCUAUUUCUUAGUUGCUUUUAACGUGGGAUUGAAGAAAAAACGAGAUCCGGCGUACGCAGCACGUAAAAGUACCGUGGGAACAGUGUGCGUGGCCGCUGAGAGUUGGUCUUCCGGACUGGCGAUACGAAUGGUGGCCGCUGUGACGUUAGGAGAGCUGGAGAACGUCCACGGGGACGCAACGCGGCCACGGCUGAAGAAGCAACGAUACAAUGAGCGAGAGUCAAGCCAGUGAGCAUCUCCGGAACCGACAGUGGCAACAGGCGAAAGAUAUCUACGAUCAGCUUCUGAGCGAGUCUUCGCCGGGCAGCUUCAAGCUUCCGAAGGAGCGUACGAUCGCAUGUCUGUACGGUCGCACCGAGUGCUGUCUGGAGUUGAAGGAGUACGAGUCCGUUGCCCACGAUUGUCACUGUUUGCUGAAGCUUCUGGCGAACAACAAUGAAAGCCGUGCUUCGGGUUCUACGAGUCCCGUUCCGUCUUCAGCGUCAUCGACAUCUUCGACCAGCAGUUCCUCGACGGCCAAUCAACAAAAUCCGACGGCCACGACAGAGUCGAAGGUCCGCAAGCGUCUCAUCCAUUCGCUUUACAAACAGCAAAAGUAUGCCGAAGCGGAAGUAAUUCUGCAGGAGUGGGCCGCCAACCAUAACUACCAUCAGGACAUCAAUCGCUACUUGGAGCGCUUAAAAUCCGUGCUACAAAUGGCAUCGGCCAACUCGUCACCUACGCCCGCUCUCGACGGAUCUGCUUCGGCAGCACCUCCCGCUGCUACGGCAGAUUCCGACACGUCGUCGUUGUCGCAGGGACCGUCGACGACGCCCACUUCGACCAUCUCUUCACUGUCUUCGCUCAACGAAGAGUACGAACAGAUCGAGACGAAGCUGGAAAAUCUCAUCAUCAACAAUCUGCCGCCCGAUCGGUACACCAAGCAGUUGAGUCAGCUGAACAACAACGGCAGCAGCGAUUCGUCGAGUCCGACGCGGGAGAACAACAAGUCGAGCAGCGAACGGGAAGCGGAAGCCGGUGAAACCACGGUUAGCAAUGGCAAUGCGGAAGUCGACGUCGCUUCGACAACGGCCGCGGACACGAACGAACAGGAAGCUGUGAAGCCGGAAGAAGGUGAAACGAGCGAAUCCGCGGCUCCAGCGACGAGCAGCGCCAACAGCAGCAGUUCCUCGGUCAACAACUUUCAGAAGCAGCUAGAUAAGAUCAGCAACAUUAGCUGCGUCUAUUGUACGAUGAACUUUAGCGACCGGUCCGAGUUGCGGGCGCAUUGCCAGACGCAGAGCCACCAGAACAUUAUCAUGUCGGACGAAGGUCGUGACUGGAUGUGGCGUCCGCCGCCGCGUGGCUUCAUCGCCGAGUCGUACAGCCUGUGCGAGAACUUCGUGGACAACCAGAGCUGCCACUACGGCAAUCAGUGCGUCGAAGCGCAUGGUAUCGACGAGCUGAACGAGUGGAAGGAACGGUUCGAGUACCGGAAGAAGAAGCUGCAGCGCGCCCGGGACAAGGAACUGUACGGCAAAAGCUACACCGAGCAGCUGCUGGAACGCUGGGUGUUGGCACCAAGCCCGGACAAGGUGAUGAAGGAGAAGGUGGAGGGGGUUGAGGAGUCGUGCUCGCAGGAUCUCGUCACGACGGUCAGCUCCAAGGUGAGCAAACGCGAGUGGACAUUUGUACUGAAAACGAGGAGACUGUUGAAGGCGGUAGCAUUGCUGCAGGACGCGCAUCGCAAUCAUUUUCUUAUCAAGCAAAUCUAUCCGGGCGAGCCGAGAAGUGGCCGUCCCGCGGGCAACAAAGUGGUGGAAGCCGAGUUGACGUCCGACCAGGAGUGGGUCGCACCGAUGGACGCACCAAAGGUUGAGGCGAUUGAACCGAGCAGUCCCAUGCUGGAGCACCGGGUCAAGGUGGUGUUCAACACGGACAUUUACGGUACGUUCCGCCAGGCGGUGGUCUUCGACUUUGGCAGUGAACCGGUGCUGGUGAAGCACAUCUGCGUCGACGUGGUCCCCGUUACGGAGGUCGACAAGAUUCAGGAGAUCCGUAAGGACAUUGUGAUGUCAACGUCGGAACGGUGGGACGAAACCAACUCGGAGAUAAUCGAAUUCACCACCACCAUAAUUCCGCACAUGCAAACUCCGGCUUAUGCCGCGGACGCCGAGCGCGAAAAGGAACUGCUUGCGAGAUAUCCACUGCCGAAGGCAUCGUCCUUUGUGCUGACGCAAUCCACGAUCACGGAGAAGAAGCUGACGAAGAACAACUACCGAAAUCGGAUCCACGAGCUGCUGUACGUGGAGGAGAUUGCCCGUUACGAGCAAAUUGCCCGCUACAACUUGACCACCCGAUUGACGAUCGCGACCAACUAUCUGUUGACGCCCAGCGGAAUGGCCACCAGCACGGCCAAGUAUUCCCACUCUGGUGAGCUGUUUGCGCUGAUGAAGCUCGGCAAGGACGUCUCCGAGGACACUUCGGCCGGUCGGCUCAUCCUGAACAACUGUCAAGCCGUGCUGAUUGCUUCGAAAGACCCGGCUCCCACGGGUGAAAAGCGCAAGGUGUACGAAGCCGUGAUCGAGGACAAAGGGAAGAACAUGAUCUAUCUGAAGAUUUCGGCAAAGGCCGUGGCCGGGCUCGGACUGAAGGCGGAAACCGAGUUCAUCUCGGACAUCCAGUUUCAACCGAACCGACUGACGUACUGCGAGUGGCACCACGCGAUCGACAAAAUCGCCGACUUCCGGAUCAUCUUCCCGGACAUCUACCUGGAACCGAGCAUCCCGUGGACUCCGCAGCGCCAAUGGGACGCGUCACUCGAUCCGAAGCUCAACUCGAAGCAAAAGGAAGCGGUCGUUGCCAUCACAACACCCAUUACGGUCGCGCUGCCUCCGAUCCUGCUGAUUGGACCCUUUGGCACCGGCAAGACGUACACGCUGGCGCAGGCCAUCAAACAGCUGCUGCUGCAGCCGGAGUCGAAGAUUCUCAUCUGCACCCACUCGAAUUCGGCCGCCGAUUUGUACAUCAAGGACUACCUGCACCCGUGGGUCGAGGAGGGCAUGGAGGAGGCCAAACCGUUGCGCGUUUACUACCACAAGCGAUGGGUCGCCACCGUCAACAGCAUCGUCCAGAAGUACUGUCUGAUCGACCUGAACAUCAACGUGCGCAACUUCCGGCGGCCAACCGUGGAGGACAUCCUCAAGUACCGCAUCGUGGUGGUCACGCUGAACAUUUCGAUGGAGCUGGCUUCGCUGGAUCUGCCCAAGGGACACUUUACGCACAUCUUCCUGGACGAAGCGGCCCAGGCCAUGGAGUGCGAGGCGAUCAUGCCGUUGGCGCUGGCGACGGAGAAGACGCGCAUCGUGCUGGCCGGUGACCACAUGCAAAUGUCCCCGGAGCUGUUUUCGAACUUUGCCAAGGAGCGCAAGUUGCACAUUUCGCUGCUGGAGCGGCUGUACGAUCACUACCCGAACGAUUUCCCGUGCAAGAUCUUGCUGUGCGAAAACUACCGAGCGCACGAGGCGAUCAUCAAGUUUACGUCGGAGCUGUUCUACGAGCAGAAGCUGAUCGCGUCCGGCAAGCAGCCGAGGCAUGAAAAGUUCUACCCGUUGACGUUCUUCACGACGCGUGGCGAGGACGUGCAGGACAAGAACUCGACGGCGUUCUACAACAACUCGGAGGUGUACGAGGUGGUGGAGCGGGUGUGCGAGCUGCGCAAGAAGUGGCCCAGUUCGUGGGGGAAGAUUAACGACCAGAGCAUUGGAAUCAUGACGCCGUACGCGGAUCAGGUGUUUCGGAUUCGGUCCGAGUUGAGGAAACGUCGCAUGGGUGGAAUCAGCGUGGAGCGAGUGCUGAACGUGCAGGGUAAGCAGUUCCGGGCGAUCUUUCUGUCCACGGUGAGAACGAGACGCACCUGCAACACGAACGCCAACGAGAACAGCAGCAGCAGCUCUUCGGAGGACGUGGACUAUGGCUUUCUCAGCAAUUCCAAGCUGCUGAACACGGCCAUCACUCGUGCCCAGAGUCUGGUCGCCGUUGUUGGAGAUCCGGUUGCGCUGUGUUCGAUUGGACGGUGUCGAAAGGUGUGGGAACGGUUCAUCGAGAUCUGCUACCAGAACAAGAGUCUGUUUGGCAUCACUUGGUCCUUGCUGAGAUCGCAGCUGGAUGGGGUUGAGCUGAAGAAGACGUACGUGCUUAACCCCCUCGCGCCGGAAUUUAUUCCCCGUGCCCUGCAAGCCGAGGCGUACCUGCGGGAACAGGCGGCAAACGUGACCGGGCAGUAUCUCCAGCAACCACCGCACCAGGCCGGACCACACUCGACCGGAUUCCAUCACCAAUCGAACGCGAACUACUCCGGCGGAGGACAUCCGUCACUGCCGGCGGCAGGACUCAUGCGACAAAUCGUGCCCCAGCAACCGAUGCCGACGCCGCAGGCUCCCUUCAUGGGACACGGACCCGGUCCCGGUGGUGGCCACGGUGGUCAUCCGCCGAUUCCGCCCCAAACGCAGCAACAGUUCCCGCCCUACCAGAGUCCGAUGUUCUUUGCGGCGCAGCAACCGCCGAUGCGGGGUCCACCGCCACCGCAUCCGAACGCCCUCGGGCCACCGGUUCCGCCGAACAUUGCCGCCCAGGCUGGUCCCGCCAAUUUCCCCCAGAACAACCCGGCGAACCUGUGGAACCCCGCUGGGAGUGGUCAUUUUCCCAACAGAACCCGCCAGCAGAUUCGUCCCCAGAUGGCACAGCACCUGACGGCCAGCGGCCGACCGUUGAUUCCCCCACCGAUGCGGAGUCCGGUCCAGCAGCAGCAGCAGCAGCAACAGCAACAACAACAGCAGCUGUCUGCGCCGCAAAUGCCUUAUCUCCAGCAGCCGAAGCCAGCCCUUCCGAACUACGGCCCAUUCCCGCCCCACCACCAGCCCCAACAUCCGCCCCAUCAGCUGCACCAGAACCACAUUCGCCCGGUGAUGGGAGGGGGUGGCGGCGGCGGCGGAGGAGGCGGUCCCAUCAGCCCAAGUUCGUACCAACAGCAACAGCAGCAGCAAGAUCAGCAACAUUACCUUUCCGGCCUGUCUACCGACUUGAUGGCAUCGAUUACGGCCCGUGCCGCUUCGCAAAUGCAAAUGCCACCACAGCAGCAGCAGCAGCAGGUUGUGGCGGCGGUGCACCAACAGCAAUCGCUGCUUCAUCAACAGCAGAGCCAGCAAAAGUUUGGGGCGCUUCGGAUGGACGACGGACGGCAGCAGCAGCAGCAGCACGGUGGGCUCGUCGACAAGGACAUUCAGUUUCUGCAGAAUGUGCACUUUCCGGAAAAGUACAGCCAGGUCACGCCGCCGCAGCAUGUGCACCAUUCCAACCCGGCCGCCGUUACGGACUUUAACCACUUGCUGCCGCCCAACAUGAGCUUUCUGGACGUGUCGCUGCAGACGAAGGAGUUCCAGUAUCUGUGGUUCAUCAAGCUCGUCGAGACGCAGGGGUUGGAGGCGGCUAACAAGUUCACGGACAUUCUGCGCCAGGUUCCGACGCUGGCGUCGACUCAGCACCCGCAUCAACAGCAGCAGCAGCCGCAGCCGCAACAUCACCAUCAACAGGUUCACCCGCAGCAGCAGCAGCAGCAACAGUUGCAGAAGAAGAUGAACCCGGUGCUGCCGUCGCACACCGACAUGAUCUUGGACAACUUUUUGAACCCCAGCAAGGACGUGUUGGGUUCGGUCAGUUUGCAGCCACCGGCGGCCUUGCUGCAUCAUCAACAGCAGCAGCAACAUCAGCAGAUGGCGGUGGCCUCCAGUGGAAUCAGCAACGGAAAUGCCCUGCUCGGAGGAGGGAUGCCGGGGAAGAGCUUGCUGGAGAAUGUGGAACUGUUUGGCCCCGCCAGCGAGUUGCAGUCGUUUGGUGGCUCAAGUGCACCGUUGGUCGCCGCGCCCCAGCCCCAGCAGCAGCAGUCGGUUCCGCUGUACCGUCGUCAGGCUGGCCAGAACUAUCAGAGCAGCAGCAGCGGUACGCUCCCGUCGGCGUCCAACUCGUCCCAAUCGAUUGCCUCGUCAACGCCGGACCUGCUGGACAACCAUCUGCAGCAGUCGCUGUUUGAAACGCUCGAUGGACCGGGCAAGCUUCACCACAGCAACGCCAUGCUGUUUGGGGGUCAGUUUGGUGGCGGCGGCUCCACAACCGACCAGUCCAACAACCUGCAGGGCUUCACCUCGAUCCACAACAUUGCCGCCGGUCUGAUGCAGCAGCAACACAAUCUCAACAACCGCGAAUUCCUUCACCAGCUCCAACAACAGCAACAACAGCAGCAGCAACAACAUUUGCAUGACGGUCGCGGAGGUUCGUCCGUGGAAGAACUGCUCAACCGGCAGGCCGCCAACCAGACGUACGCGAGCGUGCUCAGCCAGGGCGGUGGCAAGCAAAAGGACGGAAGUGGCGGCGGCGGCCUCGGUGGGCUCGGCGACGGCAGCGGCGCGGGCUCGUCCGCCCUGGGCGAUCCGUUUGCGGCUCUGCGCGAUCUGGGCCGGAAAAGUAACGGCUAUUACAACUACUUUCAGUAAGACGGUGGCGGAGAAGGAGGAAGAAGGUAGGUGACUUUCUCUAGUGAUAAGAAAUGUGUGUUUUAGAAGACGAAUCCGUCGGAUGCGCGGAUUAAAUGUGCAUCAAUAGGGAGAGCGAGUGACGACGAUGGCAAGUAAUUAUAUAAAAUUGGCGGGAAAUGGGGGGUGUAACACUUAAUCAUGGCACGCGAGGGAGGGAGAGGGAAUCGGCAGAGAUGAGUAGACUGCAGCAGCAACUGUGAGUGUGAGUGUGUGAUGAAAUUUUGAUGAUUUUUUUUUUCGAAGCCUUCGUGUUAGGCUUUUUAGUUCUUAUCAAAUAAAUUCUGUAUUAUUUUGCAUACAAAUUAGCGAGAAACGAAAAAAAAACAAAAACUAUUACAAUUCUAAAUUAAAACCUUAGUUAAUCCGCACGUCCCCUUAAAUUUCUCGAAACUCAAAAAAAAAAAAACGGUUACCUCUCGUUUGUGAUGAUUCCCUCUUUUUACACAGAGCAGAGUUAAAAUUUCUAACCGGAAAAUGAAUGUGAUUCAUUGCGCGAAAGCGAACGAUAGCAGAGGGAACGUGAUGCAACGGAAGUAAGCAAGUUUGCAGUUGACAACUAGAAAAAAAAUGAAAAAAAAAAAACAAAAAAAGCGAAAAAGUAAAUGAAAAAAUCCAAAAAGUUAUGUCUACAUAUAUUCAGCUAAACAACUUAUAUAACACAUUAAAAGUAAUAAUUUAUAAAAAUUCAAACGUAAAGUGAAAAUCAACAAAAAAAAAACCUACAUUACAUAUUUAGAAAACUAUAAUGUAAUAUUUAAAAGCAAAACAAACAUAUUGAUUAUGAAAAAAAGUACUAAUUAAACUUUCCUUUAGUUCCAGUUUUUUUUGUGAUUCGAAUCAGCUCAUUUAAGUUUUUUCUGAGUAAAAUAGUCGGUAAUACUAAAUGAAUAAACCUUAAAAAUCACAAGGCAAGCACCAUCCGGUCUCCACAAAUUAAAAGCAGACUCGCACUUUCGAACGUCGACUUUGGCAGAUGACUGCUCGACCACACUUUCAUUUACUGUCUGAAGGAGGUAUUAGACUAUGACAAACAAACAAACAAACUUGCACUUUUUGACAGUUUGCCUGUUUUGUUUGUUUGCAGAUUCUUCAACCGGCAUAUAUUUUGCUUUGUUUGCGAGUUUGACAAACUGUCAAACAAGAAAAUUCGAGUUUGUUGUUUGAUUGUCAUAGUCUUAUACCUCCUGAUAUUAUUUUCCAUAAUCAUUUUUUUUUUUUUCAAAACACAGCUGUUGACAGAUGUUAAACCAUUUUUUGUUUUUAUAGUGCACAUUUUUUCCAACGCGAAAUUUUGUGGGUCGAGCGAUCAUGCUUUUUAAAACUGAUAUUUUGUUCACAACGGGUUAUUUGAUGUCAAGUCAUUUCUUCUUUUCUUUUGGAUCUACCUUUUUUUAGAUGAUUCUUGACAUCCUUCCGGAUCGAAUGCAACAAGAAUCAUCCAUAUCGGUUGAGUUUUCGCCGAGAUACAGCCGUUUCCAACUUGUUGAACCCUGUUGGGAUUACAAGUGUUAACAUACUAAAACCUCGCUGGUUUGACAGCAAUUUUUUGAAAAAGAAUUUUAAGACUGACAUUUUAUUUAAAAAGUGUUAGAAUUUUACAUUUGCAUUUGUUUUGAGAUGUUGUUUCUAAAUAUACAUAGUUCAUCAGAUUUGUGAAAUUUUAUACAAAAAAAUCCUUUGAUUGUCAUAAUUUUUUAGGUUCAAUAUACCAAAUUUUAAUUUUUAUGUUUUUUGGGUGUUUUGAAUACCUCUUGAGACGGUCUCAAAAACACCCAAAAAGCAAAAAAAGAAAUAUUUCGUUAAAGGACCUUUAAAAAAAACUCCAGAUUUUUUUUGCAUUUUGCAUAAAAAUCGAUGAAUUUUUCAUAUUUUCAAAACAAAUUGUUCAUGAAAAUGUUGCCAACAUUUUCAAUCUAAAGAAAAGCAUUUUCAAAACAAAAUACCUUUUUGUUUGAAACUAAGUGUAACUUGGAUUAUUUUCAAAAAAAACCCAUUGUUUACAAGUUAUCAGUUAAAAGAAAUGAAAGGAAAAAAAAUGCUUGCAAUUUUAAAUCCCGUACCUUCGCAAUAUUACUCACUACCAUGCAGCGACACUGUACUAUUAGAUAACAAUUGGAGUCGGCAAAAAAAACCUAAAAUUGUAAUUUUGAAGCGACGUUUAUAAACUAAUAUUUAUUUUCGGUCAAAUUAUUUGCAAACAUCUACUUACGAUAAAACUACAACAGCAAAAAGCGAUCAAAUCGCCAUCAGUGAUUGGGUAACGAAUCAGUUGAAAACAUUUCUUGAUAAUUUAGAUGACAAAUUUGAGAAAUAUUCUUUAAAAUGAUGAAAGAAACACGGUAAACAUUGGACAAUUUUCGAAGCAUCUUUUUGGAGUAGUUUGAAAAUUAUUUUAAAUAACAAUACUAACACAAUUUUCAACUGGUGAACAAAACGGAAAAACUUCAAAGGCAAGACAGUCAGUAAGAGGGUUUCUCUCGCUGCCGUUUACUCUGAAGCAAGAGAGAAAUCUUUAUGGAGAGUUAUCUUCUUCCUCUCUCUGCCGUACUCUGGGGGCAAAUCUCUUUCUGGCCGAAUUAGUUUUCUUUACCGAAAAAGAGAUGGCUACAAAAAUGCACGGGAAUGAAAAGUAUUCACAAAUGAUUCGUUACCCUUCCGUGAAAUCGCAAAAAAAAGAAUCAAUUAAUUCGAUGCGUUGCUUCUUAUUUCUCCAGUGUCUGUGUUUUUUUUAAAUAACAUUACUUUAUUAGUUAGAAUUAUCGAUUUUGAACAAGCUCUCAUUUUUUAUUACAAUUCGUAAGGUUAUAUGUAAAAACAAAAAAAAAUAUUGAAAAAAUACAACAAAAAAAAACAGAAUGAAAAAUUUAAAAAGUGGCGUCUUCAAAUUGAUGGUAGGUUGAAGAUUACUUUUCAACCGGGAAAAAAUGUCACAAGGAUAACUUUUGUUGGCACACAUUUUUUUUAAUUUUGAGCAAGCCGAUCUUUAACCUACCAACAAUUGGAAAACUGUCAAACAUAAAUGUAAAACGUAUUAGAAGUUAUUAUAUCGGCAAGUAUAAACAUUUUCGGUGUUUGAUUCAUGCGGUGAGACAUCUUUCUAAAAAAUUAUCAUCCGCUGUUCGUUUAAAAGUAAAGUUUUCGUGGAAAUUUUAGUAAAUCUGCAAAGAAUCAUCGCCUGGAGCUGAACACCGACGACGUUUAUUUUCGCUGUUACACGUAGACUUUAUGAUGUAUUAAUAAAUUAACACACAUGAUAAAAAAAGAAGAAAAAUACAAAAAAAGUUUAAAAAAUUCAAAAAAUCGAAAAAACUAUUAUUGAUGAAAUUAGCAAUUAAUGUAAUUGUAUAUGUAUAAAAUAAAACAGAAAUAUGUAUUAAAUACUGCAUGGCAAAUAA